UAAAAUGUCGCCCAGUCUGUUCCAGUUUAACGAGGCGCGACAGAAGUUUAGUGCCAUGAACUUAUCAAUCACCCCAUGCUGUGGACCACUUCUGGAGGUCCAAGACGCCGACUUCUACAAAGAAGGGAUCUGCAUGCUCCACAACCGUUGGACUAAGUGUGUAAAUAUUUGUGCAAAAGAAGCAUUGAAGAGCAAAAAUAUAAAACCACUGAUUGUAAUCUUCAGCCAGUUGAGUGGAGGUGAAACAGAAAAGAAAACAACACUGGAUCAGGCAUUCAGAGGUAUACUAGAAGAAAAAAUUUUAGACCAAGGCGAAUGUGAAGAUUUCUUGUCUAUUAUCUCUCUUAGCAUUAAUGGAGUCAUUGAAGGUAUCUGCUCUGCAACAACACCUUUCUUACUGCUCGGUGAUGUUCUUGAUUGCCUUCCUCUUGAUCAAUGUGACAAAAUAUUCACUUUCGUAGAAAAAAAUGUUGGAACUUGGAAAUCUGCAACAUUUUACUCUGCUGGAAAAAACUACCUAUUGAGAAUGUGCAAUGAUCUCCUAAGAAGACUUUCCAAGUCACAGAACACUGUUUUCUGUGGAAGAAUCCAGCUAUUCCUUGCAAGAUUAUUUCCAUUAUCAGAAAAGUCAGGCCUCAAUCUGCAAAGCCAGUUUAACCUUGAAAAUGUUACUGUGUUUAAUACCAAUGAACAGGAUAGUACCCUGGGUCUGAAGAAUUUGCAGCACACAGAAGACAGAGAAGAUGGAAUGGAAGUUGAAGAGGGAGAGACAGGUGACGAGGAACCUCCUACAACUUGCUCUGUUCCAAUUGAUUACAACCUGUACCGGAAAUUUUGGUCACUCCAGGACUUUUUCAGAAAUCCAGUGCAGUGUUAUGACAAAAUGUCUUGGAAAACAUUUUUGAAGCAUUCAGAUGAAGUGUUAGAUGUUUUCAGAAGCUACAAGUUGGAUGAUAUGCAGGCUUCAAAGAAGAAGCAGGAAGAAUUAAAACCACCAGGGGAAGAACAUGUUUACUUUGCUAAAUUCUUGACCAGUGAGAAGCUGAUGGACCUACAACUGAAUGACAGCAACUUCAGACGACAUAUCCUUUUGCAAUAUUUGAUAUUGUUUCAGUACCUGAAGGGUCAAGUCAAAUUUAAAAGUUCCUAUUGUGUAUUAACUGAUGAACAGUCUCUUUGGAUUGAAGAUACCACCAAAGCAGUUUAUCAGUUGUUCAAAGAAACACCACCUGAUGGAGAAAAGUUCUCUAGCAUGGUAGAGCAUAUAUUACAUAGUGAAGAGAACUGGAUUGCAUGGAAAAAUGAAGGCUGUCCAAGUUUUGUUAAAGAAAGACCACCUGAUUCCAAAAUUCCAAAACCUGCAAGAAAAAGACCAGCUCCUGAAGAUUUCUUUGGAAGGGGACCAAAUAAGAAGGUCUUGAUGGGAAAUGAAGAGCUGACACGGCUAUGGAAUCUCUGCCCUGAUAACAUGGAGGCAUGUAAAUCCGAGAGCAGAGAGUUUAUGCCCAGUUUAGAGGAGUUUUUUGAAGAAGCUAUUGAACAAGCUGAUCCUGAGAACAUGGUUGAAGAAGAGUAUAAGGUGGUAAAUAAUUCCAAUUAUGGUUGGAGGGCAUUAAGGCUGCUAGCUCGAAGAAGUCCACAUUUUUUCCAGCCAACCAAUCAGCAGUUCAAGAGCUUACCUGAGUACCUAGACAAUAUGGUUAUCAAAUUGGCUAAGGAAUUACCUCCUCCAUCUGAAGAAAUAAAGACAGCAGAAGAUGAAGAUGAGGAAGAAGACAAUGAUGAUGCAUUGCUGAAAGAAAGCAAUGAAAGUCCUGAUUUGCACACUAAGCUUGUAACAGAUGAACAGAUAGAUAUAUUUGCCAACAAGCUUGGAGAACAGUGGAAAGUAUUGGCACCCCACUUUGAAAUGAAGGAGUCUGACAUCUGUGGAAUCGAAUCUGAUAGUGAGGAUGUGAAGAUGCGUGCUAGGUUGCUGCUAGUUGCUUGGCAUGAUCGGGAGGGACUGCAAGCAACAGUGGAGAAUUUUUUGUCUGCGUUGAUUGAUGCUGGUUUAACUGAACUUGCAGAAAUCUUGACAAAUGAGGCUGAUAACAUCAGCUAGUUAUUAACUGAAGUAAACAAGUGUAUAAAUUGACCUUGUUUUCUUUUUUACUGUUUUAUUUCAAAUAAUGAGGCAGUAAAUUUUACAAGUUUUCUAAUAUAAACCGUUUUCUGUAAUACAGCAAUUUCUUCUUGCACCGAUUCCGUUGAUUUUUGUGUUCCUGACCCAAACUCUCCAUACUUUUGCAAUGGUAAGGAAUUGUUGCCUCAUUAAAAUUGCAGCCAUCUUGUGUAAUUCUUAACCCUCUUAGCACACUUUUCUAUUUGAAUUAAUGGAUAGAUGUGACUGAUUACUUUUAGCUUCCAAGUUGAGGGAAGUAUGCACAUAAAUAUGAUCAGUUCAUAUUUUCUAAUAGUGGGGAAAUGGGAUUAGAAGUUUAGAAAUGAAAAGUUAUUUGAUUUAGUUGAAUUCUCCCUUGGAGGUACAUACUGAUGAUAAAGGAUAUAAUUCAAAUAAUCUCAGUUUUAUUUUAAUAUGUACAGAUCAACUGGUUCCUGUGGCUUGAAGAUAUAAAACGUGCUUUGCUAUGCUGUGCCAGCACUGAACACACUGCUGAAACAUUAAUGACUGUUUCAAUGAAAAAAUAUGAAAAUGCACAAUGUAGACAGUUGAUGUGCUCAAACUUUUAGUAUCCACCUGUUUGAAGUCCUUUACAUACAAGUUAUCAUGACAUUGUGCUGAAGACAUAGUCACCUUUGAGCAGAGAUGGGCAAAAGAAAUGGGGGUGCAAAGAAGCCAGAAAUGAAACAAUGCAGUUCUGCAACCGGAUUUGAAUAAAAUGAGAAUUUUAAAUUGUAUCACAAAUUUACUAAGGCAUAACUGUGCACCGCUCUAACAUACUUCGGUGACAAAUUACAUUUAAUUGUCCUUGUUAAACCGUGCUUUUUCCAAGAUAUACGUUGUGCAUAUACAACUGUGCUAACCUCAGCUAUUCUAUGGUUGCAUAUACCACCAUUCAUUUUACCUUCUUCAAUAUGACUCAAUUAUUCCUUUUCCCAUGCUUCACAGUGAUCUACACUUCCAAGCAAGGCCUUUCCGGUCCAUGAACCCAGAAGCAAAUCUCUGCUAUACCAGUAGAGAUAAAAUAUUUUAGGUAGCUACUCAAUUGCCAUUACAAAAAAGACAUUUCAAAGUGCUGUUCCAUUUUUGUCUGAAAUAAAAACAUCGUAUUUAGCGCAAAGUAAACCAAUACAGAUCAGUUGCCUACAUCUGCUUUUGUUUAAAAUUACAGGAACGGGAAACUACUGAAUACUACUUAAAACAAGAAUCUGAGAUGAAACACUGGGAAAGUGCAGGUCAAUAAUAUUGAAUUUUCUGAAAAUGCUAGAGUUAGCCUUCUAUUCUCGUGUAAAGUUAAGCAUUUGUAAUGUUUUCAUGGCCUUUGUAAUUAGCAUAAUUACAAUUAUGCUCAAAGGCAAUUCUGGAUUGUGUGUUGUGUAAUGGACUAAAUUUUAUUGGGAGCUUAAGGUAAAGGAACCCUUAGUAACCAACAUAAUGGUAGAAUUUACUCUGCAGUUUGAGAGGGAGAAGCCAAAGUCAGAUGCAUCAAUAUUACGGUAGAAUAAAGGGAAAUUCAGAGGCAUGAGAGAGAAGCUGAUCAAAGUUUCCUGAAAAGGAACACCAGCAGAGAUGACAGCAACAGCUAGAAUUUAUUGGAGCAAUAUAGGGGACGCAGGAUAGAUGUUGCCCAAAGGUAAGACUUAAGACAUAGGAGCAGAAUUAAGCUAUUCGGCCUGUCGAGUCUGCUCUGCCAUUUCAUCAUGGCUGAUCCAUUUCCCUCUCAACCCCAUUCUUCCCAUAGCCUUUCACACACUGAUUCAUCAAGAACCUAUCUUAAAUGAAUCCAUUGAUCUGAUCUCCAUGUGACAAUGAAUUCCACAGAUGCACCACUCCAGCUAAAGAAAUCCCUCCACAUCUCCAGUCUAAAAUAGAUGACUCUCUAUUCUGAGGCUGUGACCUCUGGUCCUAGAUUCCCCCACCAUUGGAAACAUCCACUCUUGUCCUUUCAACAUUUGAUAGGUUUCAGUGACACUCCCCAUCAUUCUUACAAAUUCCAGCGAGUACAGGCACAGAGCUAUCAAUUGUUCCUCACAUCAUAAGCCUUUCAUUCUCAUGAAGCUCCUUUAUUAAAUAAGGGACCUAAAACUGUCCUCAAUACUCCAAGUUAGGCCUCACUAGUGCCUUAUGAAGGCUAUUAUAUCAUUGCAUUCAUAUUCUAGUCCUCUCAAAAUGAAUGCUAACAUUACAUUUGCCUUCCUCACCACCAAAUCAACCUGCAAAUUAACCUUUAGAGUAUCCUGCAUGAGAACUCCAGCCCCUUUGCACCCUAAAUUUUUGAAUUUUCUCCCUUAAUGAAAAUAAGCUACGAUUCUAUUCCUUCUACCAAGGUGCAUGACCAUAGCCUCCCCAACACUGUAUUCCAUCUGCCACUUCUUUGCCCAUUUCCCUAAUCCAAGUCCUUCUGCAGCCAUUAUGCUUCCUCCACACAACUUCAUACCAUCCACAAACCUAACCACAAAGCCGUCAACUCUGUCAUUCAAGUUGACAUACAAUGUAAAAAGAAGCAGUCCCAACGCCAACCCUUGUGGAACACCACUAGUCACCGGCAGCCCAUUAGAAAAGGCUCCCUUUAUUUCCACUCUUGCAUCCUGCAAAUCAGCCAAUGGUCUAUCCAUGCUGGUAUUUUUCCAGUAAUACCAUGAGCUCUUAUCUUGUAACCAGCCUCAUGUGCAACAGUUUGUCAAAGGCCUUCUGAAAAUCCAAGUACACAAUAUCAACUUUUUCUCCUUUGUCUAUCCUCCUUGUUAUUUCUCAACAGGUUUGUUAGGCAAGAUUUUUCAAGGAAACCUGCUGACUUUGGCCUAUCUUACUUUGUGCCUCCAAGUAACCUGAGGCCACAUCCUUAACAAACACAUUCAACAUCUUCCCAAACACUGAGGUCAGGCCAGCAGGCCUAUAGUUCGUGUUUUUUUUUCCCUGCCUCUAUCCCUUCUUGAAGAGUGGAAUGAUAUGAAAUAUUCCAAUCCUCAAACCAUACAAAUGUCUCCAUAAUGCCUUAAGCUCCCUCU